AUGGAAAGCUUGCUUUGUGAUGAGGUGUGGCCUUCAAGUCCUGCUGUGAAUGAUCCUAUGAGUCAAAUGGAUCAUUGUGGAUCAAACAGUUACUGUGGAUCAUCAAUGUACACAACUAAGGAAGACUUUAAGCAGGCUCUUGCCAUAUGCUUGGGGAAGGAGAUGAGUUACAUGCCUGGACCCAACUAUGCAGAGAAAUUGUGUUCAAAUAGUUUGAUCAUUGCUAGGUUUAAAAGCAUUCACUGGUUUAUCAAGUGUAGAAGUCGGUUGAACCUCUCCCUUGGAACUGUUUUCUAUGCUGCAAAUUACCUUGAUCGAUUCAUAUCUACGAACCAUUGUAAUGGAUGGGAAUAUUGGAUGGUGGACUUGUUGUCUGUUGCCUGUUUAUCCAUUGCCACCAAAUUCAACGACACCUGCACUCCGACGCUGCUCGAAAUUCAGAUGGAAGAUCUUGACCAUUUAUUUGAGCCAAGCACAAUCCAACGAAUGGAAAUGAUGCUGCUAAAGGCAUUAGGAUGGCGCCUUGCUUCUACAACAUCUUAUUCUUACCUAGAAUUGUUGAUACAGAUCAUGGACUCUUUGAAACCUCAACUUCAUCAAGAGUUCAUUGCCCGAGUCAACAAGUUGCUUCUUGGAGCUAUUUCAGAUUUGAAGCUGCUGGGUUUUAGGCCAAGUGUGAUUACCAUGUCUGCCCUAAGGUGCAGUCUGGACAAGUUACAAACUUCAACAGCAACAUCUGAUGCCUGCCUCACUGAUCUUACAAGCUGA